AAGGGCUGUAGACCCAGCUUCGGCUCGGUUGUGGGCUGGCUUUGAAGCUGGUAAGGAGCUCUGUUGAAGAGCCACAUCGCUGCUGCUCUCCCUGCCUUGCCUUCGGCCCUCGAACAUCCGUGUGGAGGCAUCUGAUCUGGGGAGAUAAGUAUUUGAACACAGCACAUGUAUAAGUAUGCAGUCUGCUAAUACACUCCUGAAAAAAAUUAUAAGAAGUUCUGUCCUUCCAUUUGCUGCACAGAAUGGGAUGACAAAGGAGUUUUUUCCACUCAGAAGAACUCUGAGUUUAUCACUUUGUGUGAAGCAGGACAAUUCACAGAGUCCCUCAGAAAAAAUAGAUUUAGAUGGAUGGAAGAAGGUCAUGAAGUCUGGGUUGCAAGAAGUCAGUGAGACGGUCUCUGAGCAUAAGGAGGUUUCCACUUUGGCUGGUGCACGUGAGCUUUUGGAGAUGUGGAGGCUAGCUGGCAGAUCUGUUCCAGAAAAUAUUACUGAAGAACAGCUAAAAGGCUUUAUAGAGUGUCCUUCCAAGUCAGCCCAGAAGAAGUAUUUGAAAUUCUUGUAUCUCAAGGAACUGUACAAGAAAAAUGACAAAAGAAAGAUGAUUGAGAAAAGGGAAAGGAGGCUGGAAGCACAAGAGCAAGAUUCAAAACCUGAUGAGACCAAAAAGAAUUCAUUCAUAUGUUUUUGGGCCAACAGUAUGGAUAAAACAUACAAUUGGAGGGUUGCUCAGUCUAUGAUAUUUGGACAACCUCUAGUAUUUGACAUGUCUUAUGAAAAAGAUAUGUCCAUCCGAGAAGUCGCAAAUACAGUGAGACAGCUGGUGUUAAGCGAAGGCUUCAAUCGAAGAUCUGUGGAUCCAUUCCACAUCCACUUCUGUAACCUCAAAGAGGACAGCCUGUAUCAGAAGGAAUUUAUUAAGCAUUACAAAGAGGCAUGGGGCAGAUUGCUUGUCACUGCAACAGACCAGUGCUACACAGAAGUCUUUCCCAAGGAUAAGCUUAUCUAUCUGACUGCUGAUUCUCCCAAAGUAAUGAAAGCAUUUGAUCACGAUAAAAUUUAUAUUAUCGGGUCAAUGGUUGACAGGAGCAUAAAAACAGGAAUCUCUUUAGCACGGGCAAAGCGACUGGGGCUGGAGACUGCGGCACUUCCAUUGGAGAAGUACUUGCUUUGGAGUAGUGGUGCUAAAAAUCUUACACUGGAUCAAAUGAUGCAUAUUUUACUCACCUUGAAAGAUACUGGAGACUGGAAAAAGGCUCUGGAGUUUGUUCCAAAAAGGAAAUAUAGUGGCUUUGUAAACAAGCCUGUCCAUGAACUUAAAAAAACCUUAAACCUGAUCAAUACACUUAAACUUGGAAGGAGACAGGAAGAAAUACGAAAGCAAUUUGCCAAGAGCUACUCUAAGAAGCUAACACAAGAAGUAGAGUGAUGGGGCAGAGAAUGACUUUUAUGGGCAAACCGUGCCAUUGAAUGUUCUAGUUUUCUCAGGAAUUCUGGAAAUGCAUUCAUCUCUAAAAACAUGGCUUUGUUGGUUAAAUUUGAGAGAAUUGUUGUUAGGGAUUUUUUUUCUUAGAUUACUUUAGUAUUCCAGUUUUAUUCACACGUUACUGAAAUUAUGUAAUAUACAUGAGUUAAUGUUAUCUGUUCUACACAAAUUACUCUGUACAAAGAGUAUCAGUCUGUUCCUUUGAAACAGGUUGAGACACAGGUGAUUGUAACAAAGCAAAGGUUGUUCUUCGAAGACCACCUCAGUGCUUUUGGUUUGCAGUGAAGAGAGGCCAUCCAGAGUCUCCUUCUUGAAGUUUAGAUGCAGCAAAAUAGAAGAGACCUUUCCUCAUCACUUCCUGUAAUCCUAUUUUGGUGUGUAGAUGAACUGCCUUUUGAUAGCCGAAUUAAAAACAAAUGGUUAAAAUGUAGCAUGAAUUUUAGAAGUUAAACAGUUUAUUUCUGAGUGAAUCUGGCAUGAAUCAAGCUUCUAUUUGGAAGGAAUAAGCCAAAUUUCAUGAGUCCGACAAACUAAACUUUUACCCACUUUUGUGUAACACUUUUAUCCCUGAGUGUCUGUUUUCUGUCUGUAUAAUGUACAGACAGAACUUCUCAAAGUUCUGGAACUUUUGAGAUUAUUGGUAAAGUCCUAUUUGUAAAUACUUACUAGAGCAGAGAGUCCUUUUGUAUUUCUUACAGAUGAGAAGAUAUGGAUUGGUGUCUCUGAAAGGCUGUGUUCAGGCUGCAGAGCUACACUGGGCAUGAUGCUGAAGACAGUUCUUUCUGCUGUCUGUAGGAUGAGGAGUGACUACUGGUGUUUAAAUAUUCUUUAAUUAGUCUGGUUGUCUACCCUGAUGGCAGAUGGUGGGUUUUGUCCUGAAAAUUUAAAAAAUUCGAGAAUGAGUAAUUUUUAAAAGUAGACUUUAAAUAUACCAGGCCUUGGUGCUGAUCCACUCCCUGUCUCGCCUCCUUUGUCAGGAGGGGUUGGAAGGUGGGAUGUGCUGCACCAAUGCUGCCCUUCACCACCUGUGAAGUACAGGAGCCUUUGACCAUGGAGUCUUAGACCAGCUUCCGUUUGCCCAGCAUGGUUGAGUUAUAUGUAAGGCUUUGCUUUGGUGUAGUGCUUUUGACAGGGGUAAGGGCUGCCUUCCAACUCCCUGUGAAACUCGGGGCUAGGGGGACGACCUCACUUGGAAAGCCUUUCUUCCACCUGUGAGGAAGAGAUGUCGCAAAGCCGUGUGCUGGAGUUAUUUUGCUAUUUCUCCAUUAAAAAAACCAGGCUGUUCUGACCUGUGAGAUGGUUUGCACUUCGUGGACGAAUAAAAUGACAUCAUUGUUCACUUGGACUCAUGCUCCUAAAACGCUGCAGGAGAAUGUCUCAAGCAGGAGUGGUGCCUGGAUGUGGUUCUGAGCAGUU